CUCUUCUUUAUGAUUUCGAUUCCGUUUACUCUUUCCCUGCUACUUUAUAUACUGAUUUACUCUCCAGAUCGCAAACCAAACCCUAAAAUUCUCUAACCUCAAUUUGCGAUGAAACCGCAUGGAAAAUCCCUAUCACCUCCGAUUAUGAUGAAAAGGUGAUGUUCUUCCGCGAUGUCUCACCGGGUCCUCACGAAACCCAGCUGCGUUUCCGCUUGAUUCAUUUCUGGGAGGCUUGGAACCCUGUAAAGAAAACGCUUAUUGGCCUUGAGAUGCUUCUAAUCGAUGAACAGGGCACUGUUAUCCAAGGCUUCAUUUCGCCAGGGCGUAUUGAGAAAUACUUGCCUAAAAUGAAGCCUGAAUCGGUUUACAGACUAAACAAUUUCUAUGGAUCAAGCAACAAAUCGGUGUAUCGGGUUUCUGAUCAUGCCGUGACGGUGUCGCUCUCAUGGAACUCUGAACUGUCCGUUCUUGAAGACAGUCCCACCCCUUUUGAUGAAGACAGAUUCCGAUUUCAUUCCUUUGAGGAUUUUCAAGCUAACUGCGAUCGCAAAGGAGACCUCUACGAUGUUGUUGGACACAUGAAGCUGGUUAAUGGACAGAGUAUUAUCGAGACCCCGGUCCCGGACGAAGUGGAGAUAGCAAGGGCGAGGCAUGUCCUGGUUCAUGUGCAGUCACACGAUGGACCUGUGAUGAAGCUCUACCUUUGGGACCAGGCUGCAAGAGACUUCUGCAAAAAAUUCAAAUCAUACGAGAACACCCCCACCGUUUUAUUGGUCACGACCGUUAACACUAAGAGUCUCGGAGGUACUCUUGCACUGACUUCAGUGUCCUCCUCACAUGUUUUUAUGGACUACGACGUCCAACCUACGAUCAACUACUUUGACUGGUUGAGCUCUAAUCCACAGUGUGCUGAGCGGGUUGAUGCAGAAGUGGUUACUAAACGUGAGACACUGACCAUAGGAGAAAUAUUCUCCUACAUCAAGCAGGGGGCUUCUAAGGAGGCUUUUUUUGAGUGCACGGCUACGAUUGAUGAUGUAGUCCAUGACUCAACCUGGUAUUACAUUUCAUGCAGUGGCUGUCAUACUAAGGCUACGAAAGGCCCAACUUCGUUGAUGUGUUCGAAAUGUGGGAAAGUCAACAUAGAUGGAGUAGCACAGUACCGUGCACAGAUAUCUGUCUAUGACAACAGUGAGCAAGCUGUUUUUGUACUGCUUGGUGAUGCUGGUUAUGAGUUGACUGAGAAGCAUGCAUCAGAAUUGGUCAGCAGCUAUUUUGAGACUAAUGGAAACCAAGGAGUUACCCAAGAGGUGCCUGUGCCGGAAGCUUUAAUCAGCACCAUCGGUCAAAAACAUAACUUUUGUGUGAAAGUUACAAAGCACAACUUAGAAGAGAAGUCUCAAUCUUUAACUGUGACCAAGAUUCUCCCUAUGGAGACUCCAGCAGCAACAGAAUCUUCGGAGGAAACAUUUGAGACUGGAGGCAACGUGUGUGAAGCUUCCAAAGUCAAUGUGGAUUCAGCAGAGGAGAUGAAGAGAACUUGUGGCAUUGAUGAGAUGGGGAACGCUAAACGCCUUAAGGGUGGGAAUUAGAGAUUCCGUGUGGCGUCACAUAGCUUGCAAGGGAUUGAUUUUGAAGUGUUUCUUUCCAGUUUAUUAUUGACUCAUAAUUUCUUUUUUAAAAGUUUUUA